UUAUCUCCACCUACAAAGUCUUCAAUGUUGGAAUCGCUAAAGUGUGUUGACAACACCACAACAAAAAGAAAGAAUUUGGCAGAAAAAAAUAACGAUAACACAAGAUGCCAAAGAAAGGUAAAAAAGGAAAGAAGAAAGGAGGGAAAAAGAAGAAAAAGACAGUAGCUGGAGCAGAAGAUAUUAUACAGAGACUUUAUAAAUGUUAUGAAAGAAAUUGUGCUCUCACUGAUUCCCAGAUGUGCUCUGGAAUCAAAAAGGCCCUCAAGGCAUGUCAAGAAAACACAACAGUUUUAGAAAAGUUCAUCUUUGAAGCAGGAAUACCAGAAAAUGAAGGUGAUUUACCAGUAUUGAUAGAACCUGUACUAGCUGCCAUUAGACAGGAUAGAUACAUUUAUAUAAGAGAUUUGCAUAUAUGGGAAUAUCCUAUGUCCAUUGAAAAUGCUGCGACUCUGGCCUUACUAAUUGAGAGACAGUGCUAUCCCAUGAGAGUUAUAGAAUUAUCCGACUGUUUGUUAGAACCAUAUGCAGCUAAGAGACUUUCUCGAUCAUUCAAUAUAUGUCCGACACUAACACAUGUUGUUCUAGAUUAUAAUGAAUUUGGUGAUGAAGGUUGUAGGGAUUUCUGUAAAGGAUUAGAACAGAAUAUCACAUUGCUUUCAUUGAGUAUGUGUUAUUGUGAUCUUACUCCUAAGUCGGGGGAAUAUAUUGGAGAUCUUGUAUCUAAAACAGCUGUACGUGAAUUGUAUUUGAACGGAAACAAUCUUGAAAGUGACGGAGCUAUGAAAAUAAUUAAAUUAUGUACAGAACAAGCAGAAUAUGAGGCUAUCAGGAGAGCAGAGGAGAUAAAAAGGAAAGAGGAAGAAGAGGCUGAAAAGGCUGCUAAAGAAAAAGAAUUGGGAUACAGAUCUGGUGAGAUGUCAGCUUCAGACAAAGAAUCCACUCCAGGAUCUGGAAAAAAGAAAAAGAAAAAAGGCAAAAAGAAGAAAAAGAAAGAGCCACCACCUCCACCCCCUGUAGGCCCCUGGAUAUACAAGUUACACAUUAAUGACAAUGGAAUAGAUGGACUUGCAUUUGGAAAAGAGUUUGCUCCAUUGGAAUUUAUUAGAGAAUUGAAAAAAUUACUCAUGCAUUCAGAGUGCUUUGAAGAGUUAGAUUUAGAUGAUAACUUGAUUGGAGAUCUAGGAGGAAAAGAGAUUCUAGAGGGAUUAGAAUACAGAAAAGAAGAGACAAAACUAGGAGGAGUAAAAGUAUUAACUACACACAGAAUGAAAACAGAUACCUUCAAUAGUAUUAUAAAAUUAGGAUCAGGAUUAAAAAAGAAGAAAAAGAAAGGCGGGAAAAAGAAAAAGAAGAAGUGAAAAUCUGUCAAGCCUGCUUUUAUGAGAGCUAAACUUGAUAUGCAGUAGUUCAAAGGUCAAUAUCAGGACCAAUCUAAUCAUGAGAUUCUAAUCAGCUCAUCCUAUGUGUUUAGUGUACAAACUGACUAAAUAAGAUUCUUUAACAGUACCCAACUUUGACAAUGUUUCAGACCAAUGAAGUUUUUCGUAGUUAUUUUGGCUUAUGGGGCCAAUUACAGACCUCUAACAAUUAAAGUUCUGACCUAUUCAUUCAUUCGUGCUUUUAUAAAACUUCAAAGCUACACAAAACAUUUCUGAUCCUUGGUUUCUUAUGAUAAUGUGUAUACUUUUAACCAAUUUUAAUGUUGAUGUAACUCAAAAAAUGUAUGUCUAAUCAAAGUUGACCCCAACUCUUGGCAUAACAGUGUAUGCAAUUCCAGGUGUUAUUUUUUAAAGGUACAUACUAUUUAUCUUGAGCAUUAUGUUUUUGCAAAGAUUUUAUUUAUGACCUUAUGUCAAAUGAAAAUGAGUUAGUAAGAAAUUGUGAAUAGAUUAAAUAUUGUAUGCAUACAUUUUUAUAUUUAUGCUUAUGCCAAAAAAGAGUACAAGAGGGUUAAGAACUUAAGACCCCAAGUUAAGAAAUAUAUUAUAAAGAAUCAUUGACAUGUAGAAAUUUUAUAGUUAAAGAAGACUCUACAGUUUCAUGGGUAAUUUUUAUGAUUUUUAGAUAUUUUUUUAGGAAGAGAUGUGUUUUCUAAAAAGUCUUAAAAUAAAACAUAGGUAACAGUACCAUUUUCUUCAGAAAUGUUACUAAGGGCCCUAUUUGACCUAAAAAUUGAUGUAUUACCGAAUAAGAUAUUUGAAAUAUUUAAUUCAAUGAACUGCUCAUUUCAAUUUUUAAUUCAAUGCUGAAUUUUCUUGAGCAGGUGUACAAAAUUCAAUAGUGCAAAUGAUGGCUAUAAUUUCAACAAAUUAGAAAUCAUUAUAUUCUGGGGUUUUUUUAAGAAUGGAGACACUUAUCUUUUGUGAGUUAUUCUUUAAGUUAUUUUGUACUUUGUUCUAUUUUUAGAAUUUUCAUUCCUGCUAUAAAAUUCUGUUACUACAACGUCAUAAUGAACUAAACUAGUAUCAACUGGACAUUUGUUGUUUAAUAUUAUACAAACAGUUAUCUCCCCUGAAACUCUAUUGACUCCCCUUUAUAAGUUUUUGAAACACCUACAACAUCCAUGAAGAAAAAAGUUCCUCUUUACUCUAAUGUAUAAUGUUUUGUUUUUUUAAUUUAGUAUCAUCUGGAUGAAUGUGAUAGUGCAAUGAAUCAGAAUAUUAUUAAACAUUUAUGUACAAUUCUCAUUGCAAUACAUAUACAUUCGUGUUUGUGGGGUUAUAGAAAAAAUGAAUUUAAUUUCAAAUUGUUUUAUUAUAUUCCGUUUAAAAGAAAAAAGCCUUUUCAACUUUAAAAUUUUAGCUCUAAAUUUUUCUAGUCAUAAAGCAAUAUAAAUGAUGUUUUUACUCAUUUUACCAAUACAUGUAUAAACAUAUUGUGUAUCAUCAAAAUUUAGAUGUUUAACAAAAUUUGUAGAUCCUAAACAAAAGAUUUUUAGAUUUGGGUGCUGGACGAGAUAGCUGAAUGUUAGGAUUACACACAUGACUUAUGAUGACUGUGAUCAUUAUUGAUUUUGGUAGUCAAUGAGUGAGCAUGUAGUAUUUAGAUGUUUGUUGUUAAGUUACAACACAGCUUACAAGUAAUACAUGUACCUGAAACUUUUUUGUAGUUACAUUUCCCCCCAUGUUUUAAGCACAUAAUGUAUAUAGCUCUGCUCUUCUGCAAUCAAAUUAGCAUUUGUGGUUUUUUUUUUAUUUCAUUGUAGCAUGGUGUACAUGUACAUGAAUUUAAAAGUCAUAAUUGUAUUAUUACCUCUUUAAAUAAUGCAAAAAUAUAGCUUUGAGUCAUUUUACAGGCUGUAUAGCAGUUUCAUCUUACACGUUUUUACAUCAUGUCAUCUUUUUUUGUAUAGGGCAGAGAUGGAUUAACAGCUUUAACCCUGGAAUUACAUUACCUUAAAAUGUAUGUAGGAUGAUAAAAGUCUAUAAUGUCCUUUAACAGCACUGACCAUUGAUAUUAUCAUCUCAUCAAAAACUUCCAAAUUUCUGGCAUUUUGGAAAUUUUGACACCAAUGUCAGUUUCAAAAACUAAUGAUUUUGGAAUAUAACCUUAGUAAGUCUCACUAGAGAUCAAAAUAUUGAUAGCAAAAUAUGUAAAAUGUAUGGCCGCAUUAAAAUCAUCAUGGAUAUGAAAGGCAGUCAAAAUCUUAAAGGCAAUUACAUUCCUGUUUGUUUUUAUCAAUUACAAUUCAGUAAUAUAUUACUAUAACUGUUUAUGGUCAAAAUGUAUAAGUUAUAUCAUGCAAUUACUGAAAAUAAUUGUUUCCUGUUUUGAAUUUUUUUCUUUUUUUUUGAGAAUUCAAUAUAAAAAAGUUAUUUUAAAUAGGUUAUUUCAUUGGGACUAUAUAUAUUUGUGGUUUUGAGUAAACAUGAAAUCAACAACAACUGUUAUACAAUUAAUAACAGUAUUUUUAGACUACAAGAUUUUAAAGGUUUUAUUAUACAUUGUAUGUUUAUAUAGGUUUAUUUUUGAUAAUUGUAAACAUGAUAAUACACAUGGACUACUUUGUAAUAUGUCAGUUGGCUCAUCAUUAGCUCACCUGGCUCAAAGGGGUAGUGUGAGCUAUUGCAAUCAUUUGACAUCUCUUUUUUUAAUUCUUGUUCAUAUAAUCUGCAGUUACCUUUUAGCUCAUUUAAAUUACAUAAUUCUUUGGACAACCAUGAGUCAACCCUAAUAUUAGUUUCAUAUAAAUAAUUUAGUUUUUUAUAUGAAACAAUCUACUGCAGAAAUGUUACUCCUGUGAUGUUUAUUGAGGAUUUUAUUUUUAUUUUGAGUCUACACUGGGACUACACCUCAUCCAAAUUCUUAAGGUUUAUAAUAAUUUUGGUGUAUUUUACAUAAUAGCAUGGUAUCCUUGCUUGUUUUCUCCUUUUUGUGUUGCUUAAAAGUUUUUCUCCUGUUUAAACUGUAUUUUUUUCAAGUUUUUUCCAUUAUCAAUGAAUUGCGUUUCCAGUAUAUCUGAUAAUUAAAUUGAUGUGAAUUUAUGUAAAAUCUUGUUUUUUUCCCUUGUGAUCAUGCUAGGUAAUAAAAGAAAUGAUUUGAUUAAAAACUUAAUGGCUAGAACAUAUAUUUAGUUAAUAAGCUUUUUAAAUUGUGAUAAGUGUAUGUGUGCCAACUCUGUUUAUUUGAUAAACACAUGUGAAUUUUACAUAUAUAUAUAUAUUUUAUAUUAUAUUUGCAUAGAUGCAUUUAUUAUUUUAAAUUAAAAAACAUUGUCAAUCAA